UUUUAACUUUAGAGAAAAAGUACCCUCCAAGAAAUUCAUGACCGCAUGUCACAAGUGUAUGGGUUUAGUGACCCAGCUAUUCCUCACAACAUGUAAACAGUGAGUGUUCCAUACAAAUACUCGACAGAUUGAAAUAGAAUAGUCACAGUGUCACACCCUAAAGGGGUCAGUAGAGUAGACAGGAGAUGUAGUUAAGGCAAAGAAGUGUCCUAUAAACACAACCCACAACUCCUCCCAAACACAGGAGAGACUGCUUCAGUGUUGACAUGAAAGGAACUUACAUUGAAGGCGUGGGCUCGACAGCCUUUGUCUUUCGGUGAGACUGUAGAUGUCACGUGACGUCAACCAGGAAGCAAGACCGGGUAGUGUUGUCUCGAGGUGUUACACAUACAGACACAUCAUGGCAACUGAUAUUGACAAUUGGCAAAGUGGGAAGUCCUUCCCGGAAACCAACCUGCACAUGUUGGACAGUUUGUUGUUGGCUGAUGUGACCUUCCUCGUUGGAGAUCAAAGGGAGACAAUCCAGGCUCACAAAUUCAUUUUAGUCAGCCGUAGCGUGGUGUUUCACGCGAUGUUCUGUGGAUCGAUCCCCGAGACGGGCCAAGUAGUGAUUCCUGAUAUUCAGACAGACAACUUCAAGACCUUUCUAAGGUACCUCUACACGGGGGAAGUCGCGUUAACUCCUGACACUGUCCUUAGUCUGAUGUACGCUGCUAGGAAAUACAACGUCCCUGGACUGGAAACGCAAUGUGAGGAGUACUGCUUACAAUCUCUGUCGCCUAGCAACGCAUGUGUAUUCCUACAACAAGCAGUCCUGUUUGAUAAAGAAGACCUCAAGGACAGAGCUCUUCUGGUAAUUAAAUCCAGUGCGGAGGUGACUAUUGCUAGCGAGGGAUUCUGUGAGCUAAGCAAGGAAUGUCUAAAGCUGAUCCUAAAGGCAGAUGACAUGAGAGUUGACGAGAUUUGCAUCUUCCGAUCUGUGAUGUCUUGGGCGGAAGCUGAAUGUCGACGUCAGGGAAGGGAGGUAACUCCAGAUGAGAAAAGGGAAGUGUUGGGACAGUGUUUGUUUCUCAUUCGUUUUCCAUUUAUUUCAAUGAUGGAAUUUUCCACAACUGUCUGCUAUGAGGGUAUUUUAAGUGAUGCCCAUGCCUUGAUGUUAUUAAGAAAAUACGCCAUAAGCGACCUGGAUAUACGGCCGUUCUGUGACAUAUCUCGGAAAUCUCCUGUCUAUAACUUGUCUCGCCUACCUCCUGACCAAAACGACCUCGAGACAAAGUAUUCUUACCUAAAUACAAAUGAUGCGUGGUAUAUAUCCUGUGAUGCCAGUGUUCAACUGACCGGACUGAGUGUGUACGCUGGGAAGGUGGCGGACAAGGAGUCUGUAGACAUAGUUGUUACUGACAGUGAUAACACAACCCUGCUGAAGCACGACCAGGACCUGGAUGUGACAGAGGGACAACUCUCAGAUGUGGUGAUGUUUACUUCGCCUCUGUCUGUCAGCAAAGGAAAGAAGAUAAAAAUCAAAGUCAUCAGGUUCCGCGAUUCAGUUCAUAAUUAUGCAUGUAAAAUGAACAAUCAGCGAGUAAUAAGGCAUGAAGCAUCUGGUGUUGUGUGGACACAGGAGCUCUGUGGGGAAAGUGAUUCUGACAACAGCCUUGAAUAUGGAUUCCUUACUGGGAUUUUCUACGAAUUGUAGUGUGUUUAUCUUUUACCCUGAUCCGUAUUAACAAAUUCAGAUGACCCAGGGACACCUCUCCUUCCAACUCCUCCAUCUCUGUACGACAGUGGGGCGGUGGGGAAGCCAAGUGGUUAAUGCGUUCGCUCGUCACGCCGAAGACCCGGGUCCGAUUCCCCACAUGGGCACAAUGUGUGAAGUCCUGGUAAAUUCUGAUGUGCCCUUGCGAUCAAUCCGGUGAUGGUAGACACAUGACAUCCAAAGUGCCUCGACAUCGCAUAUGACGUUCAUCCGGCCUGUGGCAUCCCAAUGGCAACGCCUCUCUGGAGUUCAGUUAAUUGAACUAUUUAUCCUGUCCUUUUUCAAAGUCGAGUGUGAAAUGCUUACUUCUUUUUUUAUAUAGUGGCUUAUAAAGGAUGGACAAGGGGGAAAAUGCACAGUAUAUCUGCAUGUGUAAAAAAAACCCAAUUAUAUAUACAUUUCCAUUCGGCUUUCACAAAAAAACUUAACUUGUGUUUCUUUUGCAGUUAUGUAUAUAUUGCCUUUGUUUUGCCUUUUAUCAACUUAAUCAUGUGUGUUUCGAUGUAAUUUGAUUGUUCAUUGGUGUUGUGUGGUUAUUUCCUGAUUUCAUUCUUUCUGUACAAACUGAUUUCUGGGUUAACCUUCGCGUUUCAACUUGGGAAUUAAAACGUAACGGUGUAGAUAUUAUAAUAAACUACUUUUACUAUUU